AUGCCUGCACGCAAACGCACCAGCGCGGUCGCCAACGGCAGCGACAAUGCUGAGCCGGUUUCCAAGCGACGAUCAUCGCGUCAGGCCGCGGCAGCAACCGCGUCAAAGGCCGCAACAGAGGCGCAAACGGCUGUGAAGUCGGAAUCCUCACAGCCUGCAAAGUCGGCGGCGAGCAAACCUCCCAAAAUGGCCGCAAACAAGGCGUCCCAAGCCAGAGCCAAUGGAAAGGGGGCUGCGGCGGUCCAAGAGGAACAUGAGCCAGAGCCGGCCAAGAUUUCUAAAAAGGUGUCGGCUGCCUCUGCCGCGAAACCGGGUAAGAAAGACAGCAAAAAGGCCAAGCCGGCAGCUAAAGAGGCCGAGGAAGAGGACGCAGACCGAGCAGAGUCCGAGGAUCCGGACGUGGACUCGAUACCUGCGCUGAACCCAGAGGCCCCGAGACACGAGGGCGAGUGGUACUGGCUGAUGAAGGCCGAGCCGGAGACGCGCAUGGAGAAUGGCCACGAUGUGCGAUUCUCGAUUGAUGACCUGAGGGCCAAGACGAAACCCGAAGGCUGGGAUGGCAUUCGCGCAUAUCCUGCGCGUAACAAUAUGCGAAACAUGAAUGCUGGCGACAAGGCCUUUUUCUACCACUCCAACUGCAAGGAGCCCGGCAUCGUCGGCAUCAUGGAGAUUGUCAAGGAGUUUUCCCAAGACAAGAGUGCCAGACGGCCCGGCACGCCAUACUAUGACCCUUCCUCGACCAAGGACAAGCCCAAGUGGGAUCUGGUGCACGUUGAGUUCCGCAAAAAGUUUGCCGUGCCCAUCUACCUCAAGGAGCUGCGCAAGAUGGGCGAGGCCGGCGGCCCGCUGGAGCAGAUGCAGAUGCUCAAGCUCGGACGGCUGAGCGUCAGCAAAGUGAGCGCGGAGGAGUGGACGGCGCUGUGCGAGCUGGCGGAUGCAAAGGCCGAGGAAGCGGGCUUGAAGCAUGAGGAAUGA